AUGGUUUUGGAUCUAAAUCCUUUUAGAAUUCCUCUAAAAGAGAUCUACCGAGCCACCAAAAACUUCAGUUUAGAGCAUUUGAUCGUUGAAGAUGGUACUCGAAAGUUCUACAAAGGACAACUUUCAGAACGCUGGGGAAACAGAACAGCAGCCAUCAAACGCCAUGAUCGGAAUAGUUACCAAGAAGCACAAGAAUUCUUUAACCAGUUAACAUUGAUGUCAGAUUUCAAGCAUGUAAACAUUGUUCCUUUCAUUGGUUUCUGUAAUGAAGGCGAUGAAAUGAUUAUAGUUACCGAGUAUUCUAUGAAUGGAAGCCUCUACAAUCUACUGGAAAAUGGCAGGCGCAUGUCAUGGGCACGGCGCCUAAGGAUUUGCAAUGGGGCAGCUAGAGGACUCAAGUAUCUGCAUUCAGCUGUUGGCGAAAGGAGCCGAGUUAUACAUAGAAACUUUAAUAGCAGAAAAAUUUUGUUGGGCGAAUAUCUGGAAGUUAAAAUUUGUGGAUUUCGGUUUUCCACAUAUGAAAACAAAGAUCAUCCACGGUUCUAUGAGUUUCCAACAUCUAGCACCUCUCAUACUGACCCCAUUUACAGGGAAAGUGGUAUCUCGAGGACAGCUUCAGACAUCUACUCAUUUGGGGUCAUUCUGUUCGAAAUGUUGAGUGGUAUUCCGGCUUAUCGUGUGAAGAGUACCGGAGAUGUUGAGCAACUAACUCUGAUAAAUUGGGUGCGUCGAUACCAUGAUGUUGGACUAGACGAAUUAGUUGAUAUCCAUAUAAGAGACCAAAUUGAUUCCCGUUCUUUGCAGAUGGUUACAGAAAUUGCUUAUAGAUGCAUUGGUUUCAACAUCAAGGAUCGGCCUACUAUUGACAUAGUCAUCAAGAUAAUUCAGGAUGCAAUGGAUAUCAGUAAAGACGGAUAUGCUUCUUUCAUCACAAUAGGAAUUCACCAGCAUCAGAACCCAAAUAUAUCUCGAAUUCCGCUACGUGAGAUCAAACGGGCCACUGGAAACUUCAGCAGAGAAUAUUGGAUCGGGGAUGAUAGAUUUGGAUCUGUGUACAGAGGACGAAUCUCCAUAGUUGGGCAAAGCCGCAUGGCUACUAUCAAACGACUAAUUGUGAAGGGUCACCAAGGAAUGAAUGAUUUCCUUAACGAGCUUGAGAUGUUGUCUAUCUUUCACCAUGAUAAUAUCAUCCAGUUCAUUGGUUAUGCUGAUGAAGACAACGAGAAGAUCAUUGUCACCGAGUAUGCUAGUAAUGGAAGCCUUGACAUUCAUUUUCAAGAUCCGAAGAAGAGAUCUAACCUAACAUGGACACUACGCCUCAAGAUUUGCUUAGGGAUAGCUAGAGGGCUGGAGUACCUUCAUUCAGGUCUAGGGGAGCGUGGCAGAGUGAUACACAGAGACGCCAAUAGCGUAAACAUUAUGUUGGAUGAUAACAUGGAAGCAAAGAUAUGUAAUUUUGGGCUUUCAAAACUAAUCCCGAGAAAUCAGUCACAAGUCUAUGAACUUCCUGUUGGUACCAAUAAUUAUAUAGAUCCUGUUUACUAUGAAAGUGGCUUCCUCAAAACAGAAGCAGACAUAUACACAUUUGGUGUGGUUAUGUUUGAAAUACUGAGUGGGAUGGUGGCUUAUAAGACAAGGAGAUUAGGUUAUGCUAAACCGCAAUAUCUAAUGCAUAUGGUCCAACGCUACUAUGGUGACGGCCUCCAAAUAUUAGUUGAUCCUUAUAUAGAAGAGCAAAUUGACAGUAAAUCUUUAGAAACAUUUAGAGAGAUUGCUUAUGAAUGCAUCAGUUUCAACUAUAAGGAUCGCCCGUCGAUGAAGAGUAUCGUCAAGAGGAUUGAGACACUGUACAAUGAGAAUGCUUCUUCCAAUACUAUACUCCACCAAAAGCAAAACCUAGAAGAUUUUUUAAUUCCACUGGAAAAGAUCAAAACUGCAACAAAUGAAUUCCACAAGAAAAAACUGGUGGGGGGUGGUGGAUUCGGUCUUGUCUACAAAGGAAAACUCUCUGAAGGAAGGAAAAAACGCAUAGCUGCCAUCAAACGACUUAAUCGUAAUGGUUACCAGGGAAAUACCGAGUUCCUUAACGAGCUGAAGUUCAUUUUCAGGUUCCGCCAUGAGAACAUCAUCCCUUUCAUUGGUUAUUGUGAUCAAAACGAUGAGAUGAUCAUAGUUACUGAAUAUGCUACCAAUAGUAGCCUUGAUCGUCAUCUUCAAAGCACAGAAAGGAGAAGUCACCUAACAUGGGAAAAACGGCUUCAGAUCUGCUUAGGGGCAGCUAGAGGAAUCAGCUACCUUCACGCGGGUCAAGUAGAGGACAACAGAGUGAUACACAAAGUAAUACACAGAGACAUCAAGAGCGGGAACAUAUUGUUGGAUGGGAAUAUGAAAGCAAAAGUUUGUGAUUUUGGACUGUCGAGAUCAUACCCAAAAAACCAGACAGAUACGGGACUUCGUACAAAAGCUGCAGGUACCAAAUAUUACAUAGACCCAAUUUACCAAGAAAGUGGCGAGCUACGGACUGGGUCAGAUGUGUAUUCAUUUGGUGUUGUAAUGUUCGAAAUGUUGAGUGGAGUAAUGGCUUAUCAGGAAAAACCCUUUGGAGAUGAUAAACCACAAUUUCUCAUUGAUUUAGUCAGAUGUUCCUAUGCCCCUAGUGUAGACAAGUUAAUGGAUCCCCUUAUAAGAGACCGAACAGAUAGACAAUCUUUUCUAAUGUUUCAAGAAAUUGCAUUUAGGUGCAUCAGUAUGAUUUAUGAAGAGCGUCCUACCAUGGAAGCAAUCAUCGAUAGAAUUGAGAAGGCAUUGGACUAUCAAGAAAAUUUCAUACAGCUUCGGAGGCAAAGGAUAUUCAUUGGCAACAGGUUGUUGAUUGGAAGCGGUAGUAAGAGCGGGACGGAUCAAGAAGACAAAAAGUAGUAUGCAUAUCAAGUCCUAUGAUCACAAAGUUCCGACACAUACAGAAACUAGCCAAUUAUACAACCACCAGGCCAGCCCACGGAAUUUGCAGACCUUUAACUUAACUUAAUUGCUAACUUAAAUGGAAAAUUCUACCAUUCACAAAUGUAACUGAUUAUUAUCAUUCAUU